CUGCUAAACUUAAUAAUUCUGCUUCAAAACCAGUACGUCCGUCGGGAAUCUCCUCGCUAUGUUUGUACAUACGAUUGAGGGUCCCUGUCUAUCAUGCUUCGUCUUGUUAGUUGCGAGGUCUAGCGUUGACCGGCACAUUAGCACUGGGUACAGUGUGCAAGUCUGCUUCUCUGCAGGUGCCAGCACUCUGCAGACGCGACGUACAUGCCAAGCGCAAGCAGGCUCACACGAAAGCGAUCGCCGCAAGCCCUUCGCCUUCCCAAUUGAGCAGCUGCAACCUGUCAUUUCCAGGACCUGCCUCUCCACGUGCGGCAACCUGUGCCAACUUGCUAGCCAGGGCCAGUGGGUAGUCGGCUGAAAAGCGCUGACCACAGCGCCAAAAUUAACGCCGUAUGUAGCAGGUAGUGGUAGCCCAGAUCCUAGAGAACGCCCGAAAGGUGAAGUACCAAUCACAGGCUCUCUCUCUUUCCCCUCUCCGAAGCAGCAGACGGGAUGACCUGCGUGACGUACCGAUGCACGGCGGGGAGGCGAGCGAUGA